CAUACAAAUACUGGAAAACGAUUCGGAAUACAUUUGUCCAAUCGUAAGGAGAGGAGGCGGGUCGACAGUCAAGUAGUGGCUGUGUUCGUUUUUAAAGUUGGCUGCCACGUAUUUGGCAUUCUUGCCAUGUAUUUAUUUUAGGCGUAUUUUAUAGAAAAGCUACAAUUAGAUUUUUGUCAUAUUUGAGAGAGUUACUUUCCCUGACAAUGAAGUCUUUCUCUAUUUUCACGAUAUUGCCCUCAUUGUUAGUGUUUGUCACUGGGGGGAAACUGCCUGAGCCAGAGGUGAAAUUAGAAGUUUUACAUAAACCUUUAAUGUGUUACCGCAAGUCAAAAUAUGGAGAUAUGCUUCUUGUUCAUUACGAGGGAUUCGUGGAAAGUGAUGGCACCAUGUUUCAUUCCAGCCGGAAAGAAGGGGAUGGAAACGCAGUAUGGUUCACUCUUGGGCUCCGAGAGGUAAUCAAAGGCUGGGACAAAGGUCUGCAGAACAUGUGUACAGGAGAGCGCAGGAAGCUGACCAUCCCACCAUCUCUGGCAUAUGGCAAGGAAGGAAAAGGUAAGAUCCCUCCAGGCAGUACUCUGAUUUUUGACAUUGAGCUCAUGGAGAUCCGAAAUGGUCCCAGGUCACACGAGUCUUUUCGGGAGAUGGAUCUCAAUGAUGACUGGAAGCUUUCUAGAACUGAGGUGAAAGCGUACCUUAAGAAGGAAUUUGAGAAACAUGGAUACUCGCCGAAUGACACACACCAUGAAGUGAUGGUUGAGGACAUCUUCAAAAAUGAGGAUGAGGAUAAAGACGGUUUCAUAUCUGCGAGGGAAUUCACCUACCAACAUGACGAACUCUAAAGAACUAAGAAGAGUUAUACCUUGAAAUACUAACACUGUGCUUGUUUUAUGACUUUCUUCUCACAAAAGAGUCACAUUUGAUGAGGAACUGUGAAUAAGUUGAUGGGCCUUUUUUUUAAAGGGCUUAUUUUUUUUACACUUAGCAGUAUUGUCCCUUUUUUACUUUGAUAGUAUCAGCUGCAGUAUUUUGUCAUUUGACAACCUCCAUGAUAUAUUUAUUUUCAUUGCGUAUGCACUGAUAAUGUCACCACAUAGGUUUUUACGACACAGUUUGACCAGUUUUUUUUAAAUAAACCUCACUUGAUACUAAAUUUAUCAGUAAAUGUGCUGAUAAUUGAACGUCUGUUUACUUUCAGCACUCAGGUGUUGUGAUUGUUUUUUCUGUACCUCUCUCCACUAGUCACUAGUGGGCGCUGUUGUUCUUUAGUUUUAGCAGCCACGAUACACAGUGGCCUUUGUCUUAAAGCUAAAGUGUUUAUGGCUGACUAGAAUAUAAGCAUGUGUUAGUACUGGGCUUCUUAUUACUAAAUGUACACUUUGCUGUUUAGAAUCUCAGCAAUGAUGGUGGAGUUCACAAACACAAAAAACAACAUAUGCUGUUUGUUGUUGGUGCUUGUUUAAGAUACACAUCUGGGACAUAAGACCUUUGUCACUGUCAUAGUUCUAUCAAAUUACACUCAAGCAUCUUCAAACAUCUGUUCUGAGUCCAGAUAAUGGACCUGAUAUUUAUUUUCUCUGAGGAAAAGGGACCAAAUGGAAUGAUUAGUUAUUCUCGAGAUCAUGACGUUUGUUUAAGAACGCACAACAGUGUGACUACAAGCUAUAGAACAAGCAGGACAUGGGUUAACAUUUUAGUCACACACUUGAUUUACUCAGUCUUUUCCUGCUAAUUUUGAUUCAAACUCACACAUAUUACUAAUGUUAUCAGGAAGAUGCAACACCAUGACUGAGCAAAUACUCGCAUGCACUAACAGGUUAAAAGUAGAUGAGUGGGAAGGUUCAAUAAGACGUACGACUAAGCAAGGAUAUGACAAUAGCUGUCGCAAGAUUAAAAUACACACAAGUUAACCACAUACCUGUGAUUUACUGCUGCAGGCUACAACCAGUCAGCACUAGCAAAGGGCUGGGCCUUUCUUUUGGCUGAACCACUUCACUGCACACCGUGGUG